AUGGCGCCCGCUUCACCGAACCUGUUCGAGAGCCUGCCUGCGCGGCCGCCGACUCCGCCCCGAGAAGCUGAUAAGUACAUCGAUGAUGCUUUGCAGUUCCUCUCCGACAGCUUCGAGGUGGAAGAGGCCACCGGCGAUGCUCCCGUCUCCGCCGACCCGACCUGUGUCAAUACUCCAACCCGCCAAUCGCCAGCAUCUUCCACCGACCGGGCCAAUGAUUCCGGAAGACGCAAAAAGGUCGACUUCUCACCUUGGACCGCAUACCACAGCGUCAAUGACAUUGCCCCCUCACGCCGUGGACUUCCCGGUUCCCCUCUCCGGCCGCUUCCUCAACCGCGGGACCCAAAGACAAUCAAGGGCAUCUUGAAGGCGCACGACCCGCCCGUCACACAACCUUCGACACCCACUUCCGGACAGCUUUCAAACAACCCGAACGGCUUCGCAACCAUGAUGGAAACGUUGGUCAAGCAGCUUGCGGGACAGUCGCGACCCCACAGAAUUGAUGCGUAUUUGGCUCUGGCCAACACUUUAAAAACGUACGAUGGCAAGCCAGAUGCGAGAACGCUAGCAGACAAGAUGGGACUUUUGGCGCAAUUCAUGCAGCGGGACAUGACUGCUACAAAUGCUCAGACCGGUGGACUGGACGUUCAGCUUGCUCUUCAAGCGCUCAAACUACUUGUGGCUCUCGUGGAAAUUGCGCCCGCCGCAGAGCGCAUCCCGGACACAUUUCGCACUUUCUUCUUGGACAAAGCGAUUGAAACCUUCGGCGAUGCAACCGCUCCAAAGCAAUGGGUUAACCACAUUUUGCACGCCUUUUCCCAGCAACGGUUUGGAAAGAGCAUGAACGUGGACCGCGCAAACCGUGCUGUCACUGCCCUGAAGGAUAUCGAGGACCGUGUUUCUGGAAACAACGUGGUUACCUGCAGGAUGAUGGCAUACCGGACUCUUCUAAGCCAACACAAGCUCGUUAUGAUCGACAGAGCCUCGGACUGGAUCCAGCACAUUUUCCAUGGGCUUUUGAGCAGCAACAAGGAGAUUCGCAUGCGGGCUGUUGAGCUGGGAACUGCCACAGGAAUCUCCGUCGGCAAGGAAGACGAUAAAUCCAAGGUUUCUCGCACUACAAUGGACAUUUUGGCAAAACCGAUCGAGGAUGGCCAAACUUAUGGAGACUAUUUUACCAACCAGCUCAUGGAAAUGCUCUCGGACGCUGAGGCGGCCCACCAUGUGCCGCACAUCUGGGCAACCGUGGUAUUACUUUUGAAAAACCGGCGCCACAAGCUCGAAAGCUGGAAACUGCUCAAGAGUUGGCUGCAGGUUUUCCAAAAAUGCGUCAACUCCAGCAAUAAGGAAGUUGCCAUUCAGGCCAAUGGAGCGUGGAAUCGUUUUGUUUACGCAAUACGACCAACCCAAUCUACCUCGCCGCCAUUCAGGAAACUUCUCCGACAAGCGCUUGUCGCCCAAUUUGACAGAAGAAGUGGAGGUGACAAGGAUGGACAGCGUAUGAAGCGGUCUGCGUUCUCGAGCUACUGCAAUUUGCUAUAUUACUCUCUCUCUCCAACUGCGCCUGCUGAGCAAUUAGACCUCUAUUGGCAAGAGUUCGUCGUCGAGGUCCUUCCGACAAUGAUUAAAAAGGACAGAAGGGGUGCUGUCAUGGCCUGCAAGGUUCUAACGGCCCUCUUCAAGCGGAACCGAGCCAAGUUGUGGAGGGAGAAUUUGGCCGUCGAAUCCGCAACGAUCACAUUGGACAAUAUCAUCGCUCUGGAUCCUAGGUGGACGCGCCAAAGAUUAGGCAACGUUCUACAGCCGUUUGAGCUUUGCUUCGCAUCGGCUCCCUGGACCUGCAAUUCUCCUUCUGAGGAGGUCGCAUCUGGGACUCCAGUAAAGUCUAUGUGGACAGCCCUUAUGAGUACAGUAGCAGAAGCAGGCAGCAAGGAGGUCACGGCAUCCAUGGAUUUCAAGGAAGCUUGCGCACACAUCAUGAACCUCCUUCACCGCUUGUGGGCGAAUUAUCCCAAGUCCUUCCGUCAAGAUGAUGACUCUGGUCAAACUUGGAUGGAAAAGUUCGCUUUCGUUGUCCUUACCGCGGUGGAGCAGCUUGGACCCGGCUCCUUCGCGGAUCCUAUAUUAUCGCGUAACCCUGUCGGAGACUUCGAAGUCGCACCAACGCCCUCACAUAGAUCUCACUCCCGCGGACCCCUGCAGUCCCCCUUGCUACACCUCCUUCACCUAUUCACCAACAGUGCUCCUGCUGGGAUCGAAACCAACGAUCGCCUAUGGCUCUCAGAACAGCUCCUUGGACUCUGCUGCCAAGCAAAACCAUCAAGGAAGUCCAAACUCGAGCUCCUCCGGAAUUAUGUAAACAGAUCCUCUUCAUCUUCGAACGACGUGUUCAAAUCAGGGGUCUGGCGUAACUGUGCUCAACACGCAGACUUGUGUUUGCGGAAUUCUGGUCUUCCUACAGCCACUGACCGCUCUUCCCAAUCCCUCGGAGAAGAGUACAGCUCUGUCUUUGAAAUCCUUGCUGGGGGCUUGAACUACGGCACGGAAGAAAACCUUAAUGUUGCAGCUUCGCUCUACGAAGCAUUUGUGGCCAGGAUUCAACGCGAGGUUAGCGACGGCGCUGGUAUCGCCGCUGUUGUGCUGGCCAUUACAGAGCCGCUAGCCGAGCGACUGCAAUCACCUACCUUCAAUUCCAAUGGUGACGCUGUAACACGCUAUUCAACCUUACUUCUCCACCACACGGAACAUCCAAAACAUCCUGUGCUGCUGCGCAAGAUCCAGGACGGAAUUGCGGUGUGGGUAAGAGAUGCCGAACGAAAACUGGCGGGUGACACAGAUGCAGCAAAGGGGGGACGGGAGGCGGUAUACGCUCUGUGGAACACCGUCAUGACUCUGGUGGAAAGAAUACCGCGACAUGACAACAUGCUCCUGAAAGCCCUGGAGGCUCUGAUCACUGCUGGAUUGCGUAGUGAGCGGCAGCGGAUUGUGAAUAGAACCAUUGAGAUGUGGAACGGUAGUUUCGGGUCUCAAAUUAACCUCCAAUACCCACCUAGUGUUGAGAAAGGUUUGCGCAGGCUCAGGCCGAUCGUAGACCUUGAGCUUCCUGAAUUCCCCGACGAUCCAAGUGAUGAGGAACCAGAACCUGUGCCGAUCUUUGAGGAUUCGCAAGAAGAUAUUGUUCGGGAACCUCUGCAUUUCGACAGUCACGGGUCUUCCCUGAUCCAUCAACUUCAGGAUGCCGCGAGCUCGUCUCCUGCUCAAGUGGAUCCGACAUCAAGAAGGCGGGUGCGGGAAUCUUCAGCAUCGAACACGACAGCGAGAGCGAAGCUUCGCCACGACAACUCUCAGAUCGACUUUGCGCCGAUUGAAUCGUCUCCGACGGGAGGAGAUUCUGUGGACUCUCAGUUGCUGACUGAUCACCAGAGAGAAGUCAGGGAAAGGCAGCAUGAUACUGCGGCUAUGUUCCCUGAUAUCAGCUCCAGCCCUCCAAGGCAGCUGAAGAGCAGAAGCUUAGAACUGCCCGCGUACGGCAGGCCUAGCCAAGGCUACAAUGUCGAUGACGAAGAGCUGAGGUCUACGCCUAUGUUCAAUCUCCAAGAGUACGGAGCGCAGCAAGAUGUCCCCAGCUCAUCACCAACUCCGAAAACGCGAAAACAAGGCCACGCCGACGACGUUCUGGUGGCGCCUUAUGUAACAUCCUCGGCUGCAGAGCAUCUUUUCGACACAAACAUACCAUCGUCUCCGCCCAGUGUAGACGAUGAGAACGACCUGCCGCCCGACCCCAGUGUCAUCAAAGACAGUUUUGUGGCGCCUAAUCGGAAUGUCGAGAGUGCCAUGGGGCAGCGGUAUGGUGGUCUGGAGGAGGAGCUUGAUGAAGAUGUAGUCGCCCAGCUUGUGGGUGAUGUAUCAAAUCUCUCCGACUCCCACGUUGAAAAGGUGCAGCGACCUACUUCGUCGUCAUCGGCAUCUGACGAUGGCAACGAAUCAGACCUACCAAGCUCUGAAAUCGAUGAGGAGGUAUCUCAACAGCUUGAAAACGAGGUGAUUGCUCAAGCACUUCGUGAAAGUCGAACCUGGUCUUCUACCAGAAAGCAGGUGUUACCCGACGAUACGACUGUUGACGAAGACAUACCCGAGUAUGGCGAGGAUAUCGGUUCUUUCGAUGAUAUGACCACGGAUCUCCCGCAAGGAACUGCUGGUUCGUUCUCGGAAACGGUCCACAAUAAAAUCCACGUGGAUGAAGCUCAAGACGAACUGUCUCCCACUGAGAAGGACAGCUCGUCUAUUGAGCUUCCAAUUCGAUGUUCUCCUGGUAAAACCAGAUCUCUGCCUCCGCCGGCUCUAUCCAAGGUUCCUGUUGAUGAGACAAUGGUAGAGGAUUCAUUCGCUGGACUGCAUAACGAUUUGAAGAAGUCAACGCAGGCCAAACAGCAAACACCGAAGGCUUCUGGAAAAUCAAACAAAAAACAAUCCAAGUCCCACACUAAGCGCAAGUCGCUGACUACUCUCGACGAGAUCAAGGCUAAGAAGCGGCUAAAGAAAGAUGAUUUUUCGUCCUCCAAGCAACCACCCGAAGGUGCCCAGCGCGCUACGAUUGAUUCAGACAGCGAUGAGAGCGUACUCAGCAACAUUCAAGUGGAUAGUUUCAGCAUGGACGAACAGAUGGUCGACGCCAUGGCUAGCUCUCCUAAAGAUGUUGACGAUAAGCCCUCUCAGCCCACAAAGGCAGCACCAGAACAAAACUCGGAACCAAAGCGCCGGAAGGGUGCGAGGCCCACAGAACGGGCAUCUCCGUCUCCAAGGGCUUCCCCAAGAUUGUCAGGAGCAGCACCUGAACCGACGCUUGCGCCAUCACGUACAAGGAAGUCAAGACUUUCCAAGUCACAAACGACGGAGCCGGACGAGAACGAGACGACAGAUGUGACCGGCCACAAGGCGGAUGUCAUCGAAGAGGCACCAGCACGCAAGAGAAGAAAGGGCCGGGGUUCGAGAAAGUCGAGCCAGACAUCUAACCCGCCGUCCUUUGCUGCAGCGAGCAAUCACUCUUCACCCCGAACAAGCUUCGUGCAGACGGAAGAAUCGACAGAGGACGCACGUGGAAGACGACGAAGUGGAGGAGGUCAGGCAAAGGCCGAGAAAAAGCGAAAAAGAUCAUACGAUGAUAAGGAAAGCACAGGUGGCACGGCAGGACAUGAAACGCAGGCGGGUCAGCAAGAGCUACACCCGGGUGCAAGCCAAGGUUCUACAACACAUGGAGACGAGAUUUCACAGAGGCCGAAGGUUCAGCCUCAGAGCAUAAUUCAACGAUUCAAACGGCUGUUGGCGGAUUGCAAAAAGGUAGUACUGGGCCAGGAGGAGUUAACGGAGAUCGACAAGCUCAUGCUGGAGGUCAAACGCGAGGUGAAUGCGGCGGCUCAACGGGGGGAUGGGCCGUCAGGGAGUUCUUAG